UACGAUCUGGCAUUCAAACCGGAUGGGACUCAGUUGAUAAUUGCUGCUGGAAACAGGCUGCUGGUGUAUGAUACUUCCGAUGGAACCUUAAUUCAGCCUUUGAAAGGACACAAGGACACUGUGUACUGUGUGGCUUACGCUAAAGAUGGCAAACGUUUCGCAUCUGGCUCGGCUGAUAAAAGUGUGAUAAUUUGGACUGCCAAGUUAGAAGGAAUUCUGAAAUACACGCAUAAUGACGCUAUACAGUGCGUUUCCUACAAUCCUCUUACUCACCAGUUGGCAUCCUGCUCUUCCAGUGAUUUUGGCUUGUGGUCUCCUGAACAGAAGUCAGUCUCUAAAAAUAAAACUAGCAGUAAGAUUACUUGCUGCAGCUGGACAAAUGAUGGCCAGUACCUCGCUUUGGGGAUGUUCAACGGCGUUGUCAGCAUCAGGAAUAAAAACGGCGAAGAGAAAGUUAAAAUAGAGCGUACAGGGGGUGCUUCAUCUCCAAUAUGGUCAAUUUGUUGGAAUCCAUCCAGAGAUGAACGCAAUGAUAUUUUAGCUGUGGCAGACUGGGGUCAGAAACUUUCCUUUUACCAGCUUAGUGGCAAACAGAUUGGGAAGGACAGAAUGCUCAAUUUUGAUCCCUGCUGUGUUAGCUAUUUUACUAAAGGAGAAUAUAUUUUACUGGGAGGUUCAGAUAAACAAGUUUCCCUCUUCACAAAGGACGGCGUGCGUCUUGGUACCAUAGGAGAGCAAAGCAGUUGGGUGUGGACGUGCAAAGUUAAACCAGACUCCAACUAUGUGGUGAUAGGAUGCCAGGAUGGAACAAUAUCCUUUUAUCAGUUGAUUUUCAGCACUGUGCAUGGCCUUUACAAAGAUCGCUACGCUUACAGAGACAGCAUGACCGAUGUUAUUGUCCAGCACCUCAUCACUGAACAAAAAGUUAGAAUAAAAGGCAGAGAGCUUGUAAAGAAAAUUGCAAUCUACAAAAACAGAUUAGCAAUCCAGAUGCCAGAGAAAAUCUUGAUUUAUGAGUUAUACUCGGAUGAUUCUUCAGAUAUGUAUUAUCGAGUGAAGGAAAAGAUAGUAAAAAAAUUUGAAUGCAACUUGCUGGUUGUAUGUUCAGAUCACAUUAUUUUAUGCCAGGAGAAAAGAUUGCAGUGCCUCUCCUUUAGUGGCAUUAAAGAACGAGAAUGGCUGAUGGAAUCUCUUAUUCGUUACAUUAAAGUAAUUGGGGGACCUCCAGGAAGAGAAGGCCUCUUAGUUGGCCUGAAGAACGGUCAGAUUCUGAAGAUAUUUGUGGAUAAUGCCUUUGCCAUCGUCCUGUUGAAGCAGUCCACAGCGGUGCGCUGCCUGGAUAUGAGCGCGUCCCGAAACAAGCUGGCGGUGGUCGAUGAAAACGAUACCUGCCUAGUGUAUGAUAUUCACACCAAAGAGUUGUUGUUUCAGGAGCCCAAUGCUAAUAGUGUGGCCUGGAAUACACAGUGUGAGGAUAUGCUUUGCUUUUCUGGAGGGGGCUACCUCAAUAUCAAAGCUAGUAACUUCCCUGUCCAUCAACAAAAACUUCAAGGCUUUGUGGUGGGUUACAACGGCUCCAAGAUCUUCUGUCUUCAUGUUUUUUCUAUGUCAGCUGUCGAAGUUCCGCAGUCUGCACCCAUGUAUCAAUAUCUGGAACGAAAAAUGUUUAAAGAAGCCUAUCAAAUUGCAUGCUUGGGAGUAACUGAUACUGACUGGAAAGAACUGGCCAUGGAAGCCUUAGAAGGGCUGGAAUUUGAAACUGCUAAAAAGGCAUUUACCAGGGUACGAGACCUUAGAUAUUUAGAAUUGAUCAGCAGCAUAGAGGAGCGGAAGAAGCAUGGAGAGAACAACAAUGAACUGUUCCUAGCAGAUGUCUAUGCCUACCAGGGAAAAUUCCACGAGGCAGCAAAGUUGUACAAAAAGAGUGGCCAUGAAAGCCUGGCUCUGGACAUGUACUCUGACCUACGCAUGUUUGACUACGCAAAGGAUUUUCUGGGAUCUGGAGCCCCCAAAGACACAAAGAUGCUAAUAAAAAAACAAGCAGACUGGGCCAAGAACAUCAAUGAACCAAAAGCAGCAGUGGAGAUGUACCUCUCUGCAGGAGAGCACAUGAAGGCCAUAGAGAUCAGUGGGGACCAUGGCUGGGUUGAUAUGUAG